AUGGAACUGACCACGCAAUCAAAUGCAUCAGAGCAUGAAGAUGGUGCUGAUAUGAUCAGUAACUUACCAGAUCCCAUCCUUCACUUUAUUCUUUCAAGUCUUCCAACUACCGAAGAAGUAAUUCGAACCAGCAUUUUGUCGACACGAUGGAGCUUCUCUUUAAGUUGUGCGGAUAUCUACAGUAGGUGGACAGUAGAGCAGUGGAUUGAAGCCGCCGUUUCGAGAAACAUCAAACAACUCCACUUGUUGUUUUCUUCUGAGGAUUGGUUUAAACAUAUCGAGUUGCCCUAUUGUCUGAAUCUUUGUCCACCAGUAUUUACAUCCUCUGUUCCUCUCUAUUUCCACCAGGUGUUCCUGUAUCUCUACCUAAAUCUCAAGACAUUGGAGCUAACCAUAGGAAUUGAUAUCCCCGUCAUCAGUGAUUUCAUCGGAUUUCUCACAUGUCUUCCCCAUUUGGAGUCUCUCCAUUUGAUCAUUGAAGAGAAUAUUUGUUGGGAAGACUGGAAGUUGGAUGAUGCUGCUGAAACGAAGGGAAUCUUGACUCAACAUCUGAAAAGAGUCGAGUUUCUUAUUUUUUUUAUAAACAACAGCAAAUACUAG